AUGGCAGAGAAAGAAGCAAAACAAAAAGAGAAAGAUGCAAAAGAACAGGAAAAAAAACAGAAAGAUGAACAGAAAGCACUGAAAGAAGGAGCCAGACCAAAAGAGAAACAAGCAAAAGGAGAAGGAAAAGAGAAAGGAAAAGAAAAAACAAAAAAAGGAAAAGAGGGAGGAGAAGCAAAAGGCAAAGAUAAAUCUGGUAAAGGCGAUAAAGGGGGAGGAGACAGCCAAAAUAAAAACGAAAAGAAACAGAAAAAAGAUAAAAAGAAAGAAGAAAAAACAGCAGACAAAGGAGGCAAAGGAGACAAAGGAGGCAAAGGAGAUAAAGGAGGUGAUAAAGGAGCAAAAGGAGACAAAGGAAGCAAAGGAGACAAAGGAGGAGAUAAGGGGGGAAAGGGAGGAGACAAAGGCAGCAAAGGAGGAGACAAAGGAGACAAAGGCAGCAAAGGAGGAGACAAAGGAGGAGGAAAAGGAGGAGACAAAGGAGGAGACAAAGGAGGAGGCAAAGGUGGAGACAAAAAAGGCAAAGGAGGAGAUAAGGGAGGAGACAAAGGAGGCAAAGGAGGAGACAAAGGAGGCAAAGGAGGAGACAAAGCAGCAGAAAAAGGAGGAGACAAAGGAGGAGGCAAAGGAGGAGACAAAGGAGGCAAAGGAGGAGACAAAGCAGCAGACAAGGGAGCAGAUAAAGGGAAAGGAGGAGACAAAGCAGCAAAAGGAGACAAAAAGAAAACCAAAGGAGACAAACAAAAAGCAGAUAAUCAACAGACAGCAAAGGGAGCAAAAGGAGACGCAACACAAAAGGCAGCGGGAGACAAAGGAAAUAAAAAAGAAAAGAAAACAGAAAACAAAGCCGAAGGCAAAGCAGGAAAGAAAGAAAAAGCAGCAGGGAAAGACAAAACAGGAGACAAAGCAGAGGCAAAAGCGAAAGAGAAAAAAACAGAAAAGGCAGCAGCAAAGGAGACAAAGGGAGAUAAGGCAGCAGCAAAAGAGGGAAAAGGAGACAAAGCAGCAGCAAAAGAAAAGAAAUCAGAGAAAGCAGCGGCGAAACAAGAACAGAAAAAAGAGAAAGCAGCAGCAAAGGAAAAAACAGCAGACAAGGCAGCAGCAAAAGACAAGACAGCAGCAAAAGACAAGGCAGCAGCAAAAGACAAGACAGCAGCAAAAGACAAGGCAGCAGCAAAAGACAAGGGGGCGAGCGCAGAGAAGGGAGCUUCAAAAACAAAAGGUAAAAAAGAAGCAAAGGCAGGGGACCAGAACAAAGCAACUGAAACAGGGAAAAAAGAUAAAGCAGCAGCAAAAGCAGACAAGGCAGCAGCAAAGGCAGAGAAAGCUGCAGCAAAGAAAGAGAAAGCUGCAGCAAAGAAAGAGAAAGCUGCAGCAAAAAAGGAGAAAGCUGCAGCAGCAAAGAAAGAAAAAGCUGCAGCAAAAGCAGCAAAGAAGAAGGAAAAGAAAGCGAAGACAGCUGCUGACAAAGCAAAGAAGAAAACAGCAAAGCAAAACAAAAAGAAAAAGACCAAAACUAAAACAAAGAAAAAAGCUAAAACAAAAACAAAACCGAAAAAAACAAAAAAGAAAAAAGCUAAAAAGAGAAAGACAAGAAGGAAGAGGAGAAGGUAA